AUGUCAACUUAGCCAAAAUAAUUAUAGGCAUAAUAGAUCUAAGGAAAAUAAAAAGUUUAAAAUAAACAAUCGAUGAAUUCUAAGAAACUAAAAUAAUAAAAAAUUAAAAAUUAAAAAGAAAAAUUAUUAAGAGAAAUUCUAGGUUUAUAUAAAAAUUAAGUUGAUGCUAAAAGGUUGUUAAAAAAGAAAACUGCAAAAGAUAAUAUAGAUAAAGAUAUAAAUGAUAAGGAAUAUAAGGAAGAAAAAAAUAUAAGCCAAGUUUCUUAAUCUAAUGAAUUUACAAAAGUAAAAGGAACAUAUGAUGAUUAUAAUAUUGGAGAUUUAGCUGUAAUAUUUUAUAAUCUAGAUACUGAUAAUUGCGAGAAUAAACCAAUUUCUUUUAAAGAUGCUGUCAAAAUAUAUAAUGAAGUGUUAACUAUAAUUACAGAUGAAGUAUCAAAAUCAUUGAGGAAAAAAGAAAGAUGUUCAUUUUGGAGGAUAAAAAGGAUGAAGGAAAUUCAAAGAAAAAGAAAAUGUGGGCUUGCCUUUCCAUCUUGUUAAAUUUUAGCAUUUAUUUCUAAUAUAAUAGAAAUUUAAGCCAAUAAAUUUAAAUUAAUUGAAAUCUCAAGAAGUCAUUUUUCUCAAGUUAUUGCUAUCAUUGGAAAUUGGCUUAUUAUUUUAGAAAUAAUUACUUUUUUUGAAAUUUCCUCUAAUUCAGGAUUAAUUGUUUACACUUCCAAAACUAUUUAAACUAAUCAAAUUUUGAUUUUUUCUGUUUACUAUUAUUAUUUUUGGCAUUAAAAUACUUUAUUCGAAUCUUAAUGCCAGAUAAACCAGAAUCAGCAACAAUUCUUAAUAAAAGACAUUGAUAUGUUGUUGAUAAAGUAAUUAAAGUAAAAUAUAUCGGUUUUGAUCAAACAAGACUAAAAUCUUACAUUCCUGCAAAAAUUAACUUAAAAAUUGGAGGAAUUAUCUACUCUUAAUAAGUUUCGAAAAUUUUUAACUAAGAGGAGAGUUGUAAUAGAAAUGAAGAAAUUGCUGAAUGAAUUAUUAAUUAAUUACAAUUUUAAUUAUAUUAGAUAUAAGUCUAAAAAACAUUAUGUAUUUUGUUAGAACUAAUUACUUAUUUUCUCAAUAAAUUGA